UGCUGGCUUGUUUUCAGGUUCAUGUGUAGCUGCAGUAUUUGUACCUUUUUUCCAUGUCAAAUGUAAGCUUCAAGUCCAGCAAAUUUCCAGUGAAAGCAUGAAAUACCGGGGUCCAUUCUCUUUAGCUUUUCAUAUUUUAAAAACGAAAGGUGUUCAAGGGUUGUAUAAAGGUCUCUCCGCUAAUCUCUUAACUGCACCAGCAUCAGGAUGCUAUUUUGUGUCUUACGAACACUUGGUAAGAACACUUAUUCCCCCAGACACCUCACGUGAUGACGUAGGGUCCCUUCCUGUGCUCUUGGCUGGGGGCAUUGCUGGCACAAUAUGGUGGUUAGUGGCCCUUCCUGGUGAUGUUUUAGCCAGCCGUAUUUGGACUGCACCUGAGGGGAAGUACCCACGGGGAGUCCGAGAUGCCUUGCGGGAGUUACUUCGUAAUGAGGGUGCCUCUGCUUUGUAUAAAGGAAUUGUUCCUGUGCUGUUGAGGGCUGCACCUGAGAGCGCUGCUUUAUUCUGGGGAUACGAGUUGACUUUGAAAGCCAUCAAUUGGAUGUCAAGAGUUUUCAAUCCAUCCUCAGAAUGACUCGACGCAGGCGUUGGAACGAUCACGGCUAAGAGUUGCAGAUCACUUAAUGAGCCUUGAACUAUCAUAGUGUCAAGGCACCAAACUGAUACAUAAGGCCAGCACAAAGUUCAGAAAUGUUAACUAUGACAAUGAACAAAGUGUAUCGUUGGGAAAUUUGAAUUACAAAACACAGUCGUACUAAAAAUAAGAAAAGAGGAGUAAUUGUUGUCUUUUGAGGACACGGCAUUAGAUAACGUAACUUAUUUGUGCUUAGAUAUUAAUUUUUAUAGCGUUACAGUAUAUUAAAAAAGCUAGAUUAAAAUUUUAAAUAACUUUAAUUAUGGAUAAUAUAAAUCUAAAGAACCGA